AUGAAGGUCGCUCCUCAUCUCAAACAAGCCUGUCUCGGCGGCUCUUUCCUUUCGGCGGCGGCGAAGUUUCACUUUUUGACGGAAGCGACCUAUCGCAAUUGUGGCGGUGAGGGCCUUCGAAAAAGGGGAGAGAAUGCGGUUCACCGACGUCGAACAAUUCGGGUGCCUAUUGACGCCAACCUACACCAUGACGGAGCCGACGAACCUCCCUACCGAUGGCGCCCGCAAUCUCGACCAGGGCAGCUGCUCUCAACAGUGCUUUCUGGAUUCGAACCUAGUCCCGAACUCGCCGCUAUUUUAUCUGUCUACUUCGUGCAAGGGGCCCUUGGCAUCUCCCGUCUCGCCGUUGCCUUCUUCCUGAAGGACAACCUCGGCUUAUCCCCCGCGGAAUGCGCCGCCCUCACGGGUGCCGCCAUGUUUCCCUGGCUCGUCAAGCCCCUGUAUGGCUUCAUCAGCGACUCGCUUCCGCUUUUCGGAUACCGCCGUCGCUCGUAUCUGGUAGGGGCUGGCGCCAUCGGCGUCCUCGGAUGGCUCUCUCUCGCCACUGUAGUCGAUUCGGCUGCUGCGGCGCUUAUUGCUUGCGUCACAACAUCUUUCUCCGUAGCAAUAUCGGAUGUCGUCGUUGAUUCGAUCGUCGUGCAACGCGUGCGCAGCUUACCUGCGGAGAGGUCCGGUGCCUUGCAAUCGCUGUGUUGGGGAACCUCAGCAGUUGGAGGUUUGUUAUCUGCCUACUUGAGCGGGAGUCUGCUGGAGACAGUUGGCCCCAGGGAGAUUUUUGCAUUUACCGCUCUGUUACCGCUGUUCACCAGUUGCCUUGCGGGGCUCAUUAAGGAGGACCGCAUCACGAUGGGAAAGGCGUCUGAGGUUGUAGAGAGCAUGAAAAGCCGUUCCAAAUCUCUGUGGAAGGCACUCUGUGAUCCGGCGGUGUACUUACCAGUCGCGUUUAUAUUUGCAUGGCAGGCCACGCCAUCCCCCGAGUCUGCGCUGUUUUUCUUUCAAACGGAGAAACUAGCGUUCGGCCCGGAGUUUCUCGGUCGUGUGCGAUUCGUGUCGUCCGCGGCUGCAUUGCUGGGUUUAUGGCUCUAUCGAACGUACUUCAGCAAGUUGGAUAUCAAGACGUUUAUGCUGUGGUGCACCUUGAUUAGUGUGCCGUUGAGUAUGACGCAAGUGAUUCUCGUGACCAGAACCAACGUAGCACUGGGCAUCUCGGACCAAGUGUUUGCGCUGGCGGACUCGGCCGUGCUAACGGCACUAGGGCAGGUGGCGUUCAUGCCGACGUUGGUAUUGGCGGCGCGACUUUGCCCUCCAGGUGUGGAGGGCACGCUGUUCGCGGCUCUGAUGAGCAUUUACAACGCCAGCGGUGUAGCGUCCAGUGAGCUUGGCGCGGUGCUUACGCACGCUCUUGGCGUGACGGAAACAAACUUUGAUAGGCUAUGGAUUUUGGUUGCCAUCUGCAGUCUUUCUUACUUGCUGCCAUUGCCGCUCUUGGGCCUGUUGGAUCAAAAGGAGGAGCAGAAGCUCUCAGACCUUGAUGCCCCCGGUGAGGACGUGGUUACUAAUACUGCCAUUCUCAGGGCUGAGAAGAUCAAACCCAGAAACCCUUCUCACCACCACUCUGCGCUGAGUCCGGGGGCCAUUGACGACCGUUAA